AACGCGUUCGGUUCGCAGCGUGGCCUGAGUCGAAGUUGAAGAAAACGUGAAAGUGACAGCUGAAUAAAACGAGAAAAAGAACAAAAUCUUUCUCUUUCGCUCCCAGUCUGAUAUUAGUUCUAUAACGAGUGUGUGUGUGUCGGUCGGGCUUUGGGCCAGUUUUAUUCGGACGACGUUGCAACAAGAAACGACAGACUAAUCAAUCACCCAUUCAACAUGGCCAUUUCGGAGAGCCAUCCACUGGACAGCUGCAAAGCCGUUCCUGACAGAUGCUACAACAGGAACAGGCCACAUGCCCCCGCACAUGCGUCGUCGUCUCAGCUGCUCCUGCUGCUGCCGCUCUCGCUGCUCUUCAUGAUGCUGGCUGCGAUGCCCACUUCGUGCUUGGCACUGACUUCCGAGUCAACAACCCUGCCGUCUGUUGACAUUGAUGAAGUCACCACGGCAAACUCACCACUGCAGCUGACGAACUUAGCCAAUGUUGAUCUAAAUCCGACAGUUGUUGCCGCUAUCAACGAGUCGAGCACUCGGCUCGAGGCCGACGAAACCGAUGCCGCUGCGGUUUCUGCUGGUGACGAAGGCCUGGAGCAGAGCAUACGAAACGCGGUGAAGAGUGAAGUGGAGUCGGAAAUCGAAGCAGACUCCUCUGUUCUGGUGGAAACAUUACAGGUUAACAAUGAAGAAAUUCAAUCACAAACAUCAAGCAACAAUAAUGAGCAAACAGAAGCAGCUCAAGGUGUACGCGAGCCCAAAACUCUAGCUGCUGAUGCCAACGAUAAGCCUAAAGAGGUCGAAGUAGUAAAGCAUACUGAAAACGUGGAGCAACCCGCAAAGGAAGAGAUAGCUUCAGAGGCUGAGCAAGCUAAGGAUGAGGAAAAUGUUGAGACAGAAAAUGAACAGGAACAGAAUGGGCAAGCUUUGACAGAAAAACAAGCUGAACUAGUUCAUAAGGCAAGCGAUUCACAGACGGAAAUUGAGAGCGAUUUGGUGGAAUCAGAGAGCAGGCCGCUGCCCAGUGUAACCAGCGAUUUGGUGGCCGUCAUAUUUGAUGAGAAUCGUGCGAUUACCGAACAGCCCAUAACGAAAACCAAUUUGUUAGCCUUCGAAAAGGAACACGAAUUACUCCACAAGGUGGUGACCACACCGCAGUCCAACAUUGAAGUGCCCAAGCAUCAGGUGACCAAAAAACAAGGUGUUGAAGACUUGCUGCCCAUCGAGGUUCCCAAGGUGAAUUCAGAAGACCAAGAGGAGCCACAGGCAGUACAGUCAGAAGAUAAAGAUCAGCACAAUCUGGAGAAUGUUGUGGAUAGUACUUCUGAAACAUCAGCUCAACCAGUUGAAGCAGUUCAGUCCGUUGAACUAGUUCAAUCUGUUCAGUCAGUUCAACCAGUGCAAUCUGUUCAAUCAGUUCAACCAGUUCAGUCAGUUGAAGCAGCUCAGUCUGUUGAGCCAGUUCAGCCAGUUGAACCAGUUCAGCCAGUUGAACCAGUUCAGCCAGUUGAACCAGUUCAGGCAGUUGAACCAGUUCAAUCAGUUGAUCAGAAGGAAAUUGAAAGUGAAGAAAAAGGAUCGAUCGUACAGCCUGCAGCUUCAAGCACUGUUGAACCCGAUCAUGUAUUGUCAACGGAGGCAGCAGUUGAGAAAUCAGUCGAAGAAUCAGUUCAGGAAUCAGUUGAAGAAUCGGUUGAAGAACCAGCUGAGGAAUCAGUUGAAGAUUCGGUCGAACCCAAGGAAUCUAACAAAGAUCAACCGGAUGCAACUGAUGUAAAACCAGAGCUUGUGCAACCUGUUGAGCCCAGCUCAACAAAUUCCGUGCAACCAAGUGAACCCAGCUCAACAGCUUCUCCAGUAGAGCCUAAAGCUGAAACAAUUGAUGAAUCUAUCGAAGAUGAGAGCAGAGAUGAGAGCAAUGCCGAUCAAAAUAAAUCGGGAACAGAGCGAGUCGCUGUCGAGCCAGUUGAAAAAGAUUCAUCCGAGGAAUCUGACGAGCUGUCGGAAGAAGAGCCCAAGGCCAAAGCAGAAGAUAGUACUGCAACGCCCCUCGUCUCUUAUCCACCGCACAAUGCAGGUCAAACAUUUGACAGCAAUUUGGCUGAUGAGCGCAGCGCUCAUCUCUCACUGGCAUCCACAAACCGCUCCACUUUAAUCAUUGCCCUUUGUUCUGGCACCGCCGUCUUAUUCAUUGUCAUCUCGUUGGUAAUAUUUGUGUUGUCGUUCCAACGUCAACAUGGCACACUGGACAUUGAAAUGCAAGAGCAGCGUUUAGGCAAGGAUGAUCUGGACCAGGAGGAUGCACAGAUGAAGCUACUCGAUGUAGAGCUAUCUCCACCAGUAAUAAUUGCCAUGGGCAAUGAGGAAACUGAUGAAUGCCUCUAAGUCUCCAACACAGACUGCUUGUGGUGCAUUGUAAAUAUUUUCAAAUUUGAAAUUUAGCUUUUUUUUUAUUAAAUUGAGCAGCACCCCAAAUUUGAGCCAGCUCCUUCAACUCGUUGCAACAUUUGGCGACAAACGCAUGAAACAAAACGAAAACAAAAAGAAAAGAAAAAAAUAAAUAAAUUGCCAUAUUGUUUAAUUAUAAUUUCAAACUAUUCAAUAAGCUUUUAUCUAUUCAAGACAAUACAAAAUUAUUUAUCUUUAGCACUUUGAUCUAGACUUAAGAACACUUUUAUUGCGACUCUGAUAAAAAGUCAGAAUAAAUAUUUUCGAU